AUGUGUGUAGUUAUCGCCUCAUCAGCGCGGGGCCACGGACUCCUGCUGCUGUACCGACCCAGGGACAUCAGUGACGCUUGUGUCUUUUCCAAACAUUUGAGAUACGAUCUGUCGUUUGGGAUGGGCAUGUCCGAUACUAUCACUUUGGUAUUUCGGACGCUGACAGAGAUCGACUACGGCUGCACUAUAGAAAUAGUAACGGAAUCGCCGAACGAGCACCUGCUGGUGGUGGUGCGCUAUCCCACCAGCGUCAGCAGCAACUGCGAGAUGAACCGGGACGCCUUCACCAUGCUCAAGAAGUGGCGAUGCAUCCGCUUCUGUGACGUCACGGACGCUAACCACCAGACCCACUACUUCACCUUCCACGUCAAGGAUCGACUGCGGUUCAGAUUCGUCAGCAACAGUAGCAUCAAUGCUGAUCUCAAUGCUCACUUCUACCAAGUGACGGUGACGUCAGCGCGGCUAAAGCCCCGCAGCGGGUGCCUACUUAAGAACGAAACCAUCUGCACUGUUGGAGACGACGACUUCUGCUUCACCAGCGGCGUGGUGUGCGACGGGAUAAAGAACUGCGGGGUGGAUGACUGGUUCGACGAGCGCAAGUCGCAAUGUUCGUUGCCAGUGGAGAGGUUGGGCUUCGCUCCGGUCGUGGCGGUCAUGGCAGCCAUCUUCUGCGCCCUGCUUGCGCUGGCCCACACUAUCCAACGCUGCCUCCCACCCCUCGCGGACUCCUUCUUCAUCUUCAACGCGAAUGAGGAUAACAGACUUUGUAUAGACCCAUUGCUGGUCCCCGGAGACACGGCUCCACCAGACAUUCCCAUAGCAAAACGGAAUUCUAUCAUUCCGGUAUUCUCGAGUUCGUCCUCUGAGGAGGAGAGAGGAAGCCGCUCGGAGUCUGGGCUGAAUGUAACAGAUGUGGAGAUGCAUCCCAUCAGCAUCAAUAGUCAACAAGAGGAAUUGUCAUUCAAUGAGGAUACGAAGGAACCAGAGUCUUCCACUCGCAAAAGCAAUCUGAAGUCCCUAACUGAUCGCCUGCAGGAAACCUUCAGGUCCUUUACCAGGAGACGGUCUAGCUUGCCUAAACCUAACAUAGUAUAG